AUGGCCGCUAUCUCUGGUGCAGCUCUUCAAGAGGGUGGGACGCCGUGGAGGAAGAAUUUAUCCGCCCAUGUCAUCUGCCCCGAGUGCAAAGAAGUGCCCCCGAAUCUGGAAUUCCCCGGCUCUCACGAGACGGUUUGCGGCUCCUGUGGUUUGGUUCUUGCGGAUCGAGAGAUUGACAUGCACUCUGAAUGGCGUACCUUUUCGAACGAUGACCAAAACAACGAUGAUCCGUCGCGUGUUGGUGAUGCUACAAAUCCGCUUCUGAAUGGCGAUCAGUUGGAGACACAAAUUGCCAGUGGUGGUUCCGGCCGGGUUCGCGACUUAUACCGUGCGCAAAACAAGCAGUCGAGCGACAAGGCGAACAAGUCCCUGCUCGCUGCAUACAAGGAGAUUGGUGCACUCUGUGAUGGAUUCAACAUACAGAAAAACGUGGCAGACACUGCGAAAUAUUUGUUCAAGAUCGUUGACGACGCAAAGGCCUUCAAGGGAAAAUCGCAGGACGUUAUCAUCGCCGGAUGUAUCUUCAUCGCCUGCCGCAAGUGCAAAGUUCCUCGUACCUUCACUGAGAUCUUCGCUGUCACCAAGGUUUCAAGGAAGGAAAUCGGACGUAUCUACAAGGCUCUGGAGAAGUUCUUUACUAGCCAGAACCUCGAGCGGGCUAAUGCGGUUGUGUCGAACGGGGGCGUUCCCGACCCUAACGACGCCUACACUGCAACCACCUCUACCAAGCCCAGCGACCUCUGCAGCCGUUUCUGCAACCUUUUGGAUCUGCCUUUCCAAGUUACGAGCGUAUCGUCGGCACUGUCGGAUCGCGUAACUACAGAGGGAAAUCUUGCCGGACGCUCGCCACUUUCCAUUGUCGCGGCGUGCAUUUACAUGGCCUCAUACCUCAUGGGCCACCCCAAGUCCGCAAAGGAAAUCUCGCAAGUCGCUCACGUCAGCGACGGCACAAUCCGCGGCGCUUACAAGCAACUCUACACCGAGCGUGAGAGCCUUGUUGACCAAGAAUGGAUCAAAGAUGGAAAGGGAGCGCUGAAGAACCUUCCUCUCAGUUAA